CUUACCUGUAAACACCGCACACCAUGGGCGCAGACAAGGAGCUGUACAAGCUCGAGCUGCUCUCGCUCGUCACGCGAGUUCAGCAAGAGCUGUUCAACCACACAAAGCUGCAGGACAAAAACCUGGCCGAGUUUGUCAUUGCCAUGCACGAGCAGAGCAAGGGCGGAUACGAAGCGUUCACCAAGAAGCUGAGCGACAUUGGUGCCGACUUUCCCGACUCGUUCAUCAAGAACCUCGACCGCCUGAUCGUUACCAUGCACCCAAAGUACAAGCGCAAGGCGGCAAAGGCCAAGGCCAAGGCCGAGGCCGGUAAGCCGCAGGCAGAAGGCGGGACGGGAGAAAAGUCGCUCCAGGCGCGCAAGUUCCCCGGACUGAGCUUGCCGGACCAGGAGUGGAUGCCUGAGGAGAAAUACCUCGACGGGCGGGAAGGCAAGGACCGCGAGGAGAAGCUGCCUGAUUUCUCCAUGGACAAGACGAUGAGCCAGCUUCAGGACGCAGCGUCACGGCGUAACAGGCCUACAAGCGACGACUUUAUCGAUGGCGAGCCAUCCGCCAAGCGCUCGCGCUACGACGACCGCAACGGUGGGGGUUAUGGUCGCGAUAGGUACAACGACGACCGCAACGGUGACAGCGGUGGCGGCAUCCGCGACAACGGCUGGGCUGGGCGUGGAGGCCAGGGAGCGCCGUCGUACCGUGACGACAGGGCAGGCCCCAGCCGCGGACGGCCAGGCCUCGACGACAGGCCAGUCCUGUACAAGAUCUACAACGGCACCGUAUCGAAUGUUCGCGACUUUGGCGGCUUUGUGCUCCUCCAGGGUGUUGCCGGACGGACAGAAGGCCUAGUCCAUGUGUCCAACAUUAGUGGCCAGCGCGUCGAGUCGGCAUCAGACUUGCUCAGGCGGAAUCAGCCCGUCAAGGUCAAGGUCAUGUCCGUGGCCGGUGACAAGGUUGGGCUGAGUAUGAAGGACGUCAACCAGGAGACUGGAGAGGACCUGUCUCCUCACCUGCGGAUCAAGACACAGGAUGAGAUCGACGACGAGUUGAGAAGACACGCUGCGCGGGUCGGCACCGGUGCCAACUCUGCGCCUCUGCACGCCACACCAUUGUUGCACGUCGACGAGCGACGCGGCGGCUCGGCAAAGCGGUUGUCAAGUCCUGAACGAUUCGAGAUCAAGCAGCUCAUUGCCAGUGGUGCUGUCAGCGCUGCCGACUACCCCGACCUCGACGACGACUACUCGAUGACGGCGGGCGACAACGGUAUCGACGAGGACAUUGAUAUCGAGGUGCACGAGAAGGAGCCGGCCUUCCUUGCCGGUCAGACGAGGAUCACGCUCGACAUCUCCCCCGUCAAGAUUAUCAAGGCACCUGACGGAUCGAUGAACCGUGCUGCUCUUGCCGGUGGCCAGCUUGCCAAGGAGCGCGCGGAUAUGAGGCGAAUGGAGGCCAACGACCAGGCCGACUCGGAGGCACGCAAUGUCAACCAGCCAUGGCUCGACCCCAUGGCACAGCAAGCCGACAAGCAGUUCGCUUCGGAUCUUCGUGGUAACCUCAUGAACCAGAAGACGCAGCAGACGCCGGCCUGGAAGAGCGCCAACAAGUCGAUGACGUUUGGGCGUAUCACCAGCUUGAGCAUUCAGGAGCAACGUCGCGCCUUGCCCAUCUACAAGUUGAGGGACCAGCUCGUCAAGGCUGUUCGCGAGAACCAGAUUCUCGUUGUCGUCGGCGACACUGGUUCCGGAAAGACGACUCAAAUGGCUCAGUAUCUUGCCGAGGAGGGCUUACUGGGGCGGCUCAAGCUGGGAUGUACGCAGCCGCGUAAGGUCGCCGCCGUGUCGGUUGCCAAGCGUGUCUCCGAGGAGGUUGGCUGUCGCCUUGGUGGCGAGGUCGGCUACAACGUCCGUUUCGAGGAUGUGACCAGCCCAGAGACCAAGAUCAAGUUCAUGACGGACGGUAUGCUCCUCCGUGAGCUGCUUAUCGACCCCGAUGCGUCCAAGUACUCGGUCAUCAUGCUCGACGAGGCGCACGAGCGUACCAUCGCCACCGACGUCCUCUUCGGUCUCAUGAAGAAGGCUUGCAAGCGCCGUCCUGACCUCAAGCUGAUUUGUACGUCGGCCACACUCGACGCCGAAAAGUUCGCCACGUACUUCUGGGGCUGCCCCAUCUUCACGAUUCCUGGUCGUACCUUCCCCGUCGAGAUCCUGUACACCAAGGACCCCGAGCCCGACUACCUCGAAGCAUCGCUCAUCACCAUCCUCCAGAUCCACCUCAUGGAGCCUCCAGGCGAUAUUCUUCUGUUCUUAACAGGACAAGAAGAAAUCGACACGGCGUGCGAGGUCCUGUUCGAACGAGUGAAGGCACUAGGACCACAAGUGCCCGACCUCAUUAUCCUGCCCGUCUACGCUGCGCUGCCGUCCGAGAUGCAGUCCAAGAUUUUCGACCCGCCGCCUCCCGGCGCACGAAAGUGCGUCAUUGCCACCAACAUUGCCGAGACGAGUAUCACCAUCGACGGUAUCUACUACGUUAUCGACCCGGGAUUCUCAAAGCAAAACGCCUACGACCCCAAGCUCGGUAUGGACUCGCUCAUUGUCACUCCGAUCUCGCAGGCCCAGGCGCGCCAGCGUUCUGGUCGUGCUGGCCGUACCGGUCCCGGCAAGUGCUACCGCCUGUACACCGAGCUCGCGUACCGCAACGAAAUGCUUCCCAACCCCAUCCCCGAAAUCCAGCGUACCAAUUUGGCGUCUACGAUUCUGACGCUCAAGGCAAUGGGUAUCAACGACCUGAUCAACUUCGACUUCAUGGACCCGCCACCAGCAGCGACCAUGUUGACAGCUCUCGAGCAGCUGUAUGCCCUCGGCGCGCUCGACGACGAGGGUCUUCUGACCCGCGUUGGUCGUAAGAUGGCGGACUUCCCCCUCGACCCCAUGCUGUGUAAGAUGCUCAUCAAGUCGGUCGACUACGGAUGUUCCGAGGAAGCCCUCACCAUCGUUGCCAUGCUCCAAGCCGGUGGACAGGUGUUCUACCGGCCAAAGGACAAGCAGUCGCAGGCGGACGCCAAGAAGGCCAAGUUCCACCAGCCGGAAGGUGACCUCCUCACCCUCAUGGCUGUGUACAAUGGCUGGAAGGCAUCAAAGUUCAGCAACCCAUGGUGCUUUGAGAACUUUAUCCACACGCGUGCGGUCAAGACGGCGCAGAAUGUGCGCAAGCAGCUCGUCGGCAUCAUGGAGCGGUACAAGCACGAGCUUGUGUCGUGCGGCACCAACUACAACCGUGUUCGAAUGGCCAUCUGCUCUGGCUUCUUCCGCAACGCGGCCAAGAAGGACCCCGUGGAGGGUUACAAGACGCUGGUCGAAGGCACACCGGUGUCGAUCCACCCUUCGAGCGCCAUCUUCCAGCGGCCGCCCGAGUGGUGCAUCUACUACGAGUUGGUGCUCACGGCCAAGGAGUACAUGCACCAAGUAACGGUGAUUGAGCCCAAGUGGCUGUCCGAGGUCGCGCCGACAUUCUUCAAGGUCGCCGACCAAAACAGGAUCAGCAAGCGCAAGAAGCAGGAGAAGAUUGAGCCUCUGUUUGACCGCUUCGCCGAGGACAAGGACUCGUGGCGUCUGUCCAAGCAGAAGCGCGCUACGCGGUCGUCGCAGACGUUUGGAUAGGGUGUGCAGUGUUGUAGAGUACAGUAUCGCAUGGAUCAGUUGCAUCAG